UCGAACCAUUGGGAGAAAGACGAGAGAGAGAGAGAGAGAGGCGAUGGCGUGUGUGAUGAGGCUUCUCGGUCUCCUCUUCGUCCUCGUCUGCUCGCUUUCGCUUCCCCUCCCUUCUUUCCACAGUGUCGUGGCAACGGGGCAACGGGAGUUCGAUUACUUCGUGCUGGCGCUGCUGUGGCCGGGCACCAUCUGCCAGGCCACCCACCAUUGCUGCUCCUCCAACGCCUGCUGCAGAUCAAACCCUUUGCCCGAGUUUACGAUCCACGGACUGUGGACUGACUAUAAUGAUGGGAGCUGGCCGGCAUGUUGCAGCCACUCUGAUUUUGAUAUAAAAAAGAUUACCUCGUUGUUACCAACUCUUGAGAAGUAUUGGCCAUCCUUAUACUGCAGUUCUUCAUCUCUUUGCUUCGGUGGAAAGGGAUUGUUUUGGGCACAUGAGUGGGAGAAACAUGGGACUUGUUCCUACCCCAUAAUACAGGAUGAAUACAGCUACUUCUCCACAGCUCUUGGUUUGUACUUCAAAAACAACAUGACGGAGGUUCUUAAUAAUGCUGGUAUUCUGGCAACUAACGGAGAAAAAUAUCCAUUAGGGGAUGUUGUAGCCACCAUUAAAAGGGCCUUUGGAGCAACACCAUUGCUGGUCUGCAAGCAUGGUUCACUGGAAGAACUCAGAUUGUGCUUUUACAAGGAUUAUAAGCCUAGGGACUGUGUGACCGGAUCUGACAUCUUGAAUGGCAUGCCACACUCGAGAAACUCCUGCCCUCGAUACAUUACCUUACCAACAUAUGCUCCUCUUGGGCUUGCUGAUAGCAGUAAAAUGGCGUUGGAAGCAUUUGACGCACUCACUGUGGCUUAGAGGGUAUAUGUAUGUAUGUAUGACAUAGGAAGAAAGUUGGGACUAUAAUGCGAUAUGAAAGGCGCAUAUGAUAUAAAAUAUUCAAAUACUGAUAAUAUUCAAAGUCCCCACUCUGCAACGGCAAAAAUAAUAUGGAAAG